CCAACAGCAUCAUUCGCCGUGAACUGUUCGCCAGCCGCAGAUCAAAGCACCAACCAACCAAGAAUCACCAUGAAGUUCCUCAUUGUCUUCGUCGCCCUCUUCGCCCUGGCUCUGGCCGCUCCCGCCGAGGUUGAGAUCCUGAAGCAGGCUUCCGAGGUCGGACCCGAGAGCUUUGCCUACAACUGGGAGACCAGCGAUGGCCAGAAGGCUGAGGCCGCUGGUGAGCUGAAGAACGCUGGAUCUGAGAACGAGGGCAUCGCCGUCCGUGGAUCCUUCUCCUUCGUGGCUGAUGAUGGCCAGACCUACACCGUCAACUACAUCGCCGACGAGAACGGAUUCCAGCCCCAGGGUGCUCAUUUGCCCGUUGCCCCCGAGGCCUAAGUGGAGCUGCUCUCAUCCAGAGGCAGCUGCAAAGCCAUCUAUCCUUCAAAACUCCUUGUUAAUAACUCCGAACCUUACCAAACCGAUCCGGUCCUUAUUUUCAAAGGACGGGAGCUAAGUCAGCCAAUCCCUUUUGUUAAAUAUUAAAAAAAAUGAUUACCGAAA